AUGUCUACACCGCAGCCGGAAACCAAGGCUGAGGCCGAAGCACUUGUGCCUCGGUUCAAGCUCGAGAGGGUGCUCAAUCAAGACCAAAAUGGGCGACGGAUCUCUCUGCUCGGCAGCAUUGCUGAGCUGCCGGCGCUCAUCACUCUCGAACGAGCAGCAUUCCCCACGGAGCCAGACCUCGUGUCAAGCCUCCUGAAAUCUCUUAUCAACACCACCAACCUCGGCGCCAACGACAUUUAUCGGUGGUACAUGGCAAACCGGUCAACUGAAUCAUCUCCAUCUUCCACCAGCGCCUCGUCAAUAUCACCAUCAUCACCAGCGACCCGGUUACCCCCGAUCAUCCCAGACUUCAAACUCAACCUGAUCUACCCAUGCUCGUCACAGCAUGUGCGGAAAUACUCGGCCCAGAGAGUGCGCAUGGUCACCGAGACGCCGCACAUCUACGCGACGCACAUCCAACCGUACAUGGCGCGCCAACGCGCCGCGGGGCGGCUCGACUGGGUGUUCAACAUCCUUGAAGGGCGCACAGAGCAAGAAGACGUCCUGGCACGCGUCGAUUGGGACUCUCCGUCCAAGACGGGUUUUCUGCUGCUGCCGGAUUUGAACUGGGACCGCAAAACCGUCGAGGGGAUGCACCUGCUCGCGCUCGUGCAGAGGCGCGACAUCUGGUCCCUGAGAGACCUGAGGAGGAAGCACGUCCCCUGGCUCAAGACUAUGCGCGAGCAGAUCGUCGCCGCUGCCAUUGCAAACGUCGGUCAGGGUCAGAUCGACGCUGACGAGGUCAAGUGCUACCUUCACUACCAGCCCACGUACUACCAUCUUCACGUCCACGUGGUGCAUGUCAUGCUGGAGGCCGGCACGACGCAGAGUGUAGGCAAGGCUUUUGGGCUCGGAAAUGUCAUUUCGCAGCUGGAAGGCAUGGCUGACGAUGAGGCCGGCAUGCACCAACUCGAUCUGCACUAUUUCCUGGGCGAGGAGAAUGAGUUGUGGAAGAAAUGCUUUGGCCCGUUGAAGAAGGGCGAGCCUGUGGAUUUGAAUGUUUGA